AUGGCGAGCUGGCUGCAUGCCCCGAGCUGGUUUGUGAGACAGACCCGGUGCCAGUGCCAGUGCCAGUGUGUAGUAGAGCCUCUCCACCAACUAGCCAUUGAAGCGCCAGCCUCAACACAGUUGCGCAAGGUGGCGGAUCAGUACGGGUCCAACAUCAAGAUCUUCCCGAGGUUGGCUGGUUUGGGCCGCUUUGCCAUUCUCGCGGAGGGGGACGACGUGGUCGCCCUGGGGAAGGAGGGCGGAGGGCCGCCCCCGACCCUCAAUGCCACGGUGGUGGACGAGGCUUCGCUUGCCUCCGGUGAGACGUUGUCGCAGAUCACGGAGGUGGUCGGGUCUGGGAUGAGGAGCAGCCCCACGGUCGAACCGGCGAGCCCGACCUGGACCUCGUCGGAGAUGGUGGUCGACGCGCCGGCAGCCUCGGUGGCGGCGUCUGGUGUGACGGCGGGGCAGGGGUCUGGACCUGCGCUUGACCUCCACGGUGAGGUCACGGCGGCGGUCUCUCUGGUGCAGGGCAGGAGGACUAAGGUGGUGCCGGUGGCUGGGAAGGGACCGGCGAGGGCGACCAAGAAGACGGCGAUACCGGCGACGCCGGUGCGGAAGAGCUCGAGGACGGCGGGUACAGCGGCGACUUCCAUGCUGAAGAAGGCGCAGAACUUGGCGGCGACGAAGAACCUGGAGCUUCCGCCGGUGACAGUCCUGGAGGGUUCUGGUCAGACAGAAGGACCGAGCGAUGCUGGACGCGGCAGUGGAAAACGUCAGGAGACUCUACGCGCGACUACGGGCUGAGUAGCGGAGGACCCGUGCGGCGACUCGACCAAGGACUUGCUUCAGCUUCUACCUAGUUUGGUUGGGUCUUCCGUGUUGUUUCGUUCUACUUAGUUCUCGGUGUGGAGUGUGUUUGCUGGACCUGGGGGUCAAACUUCGGACGCCUUGGGCGUGUGAUGUGUGGUUGGUGUGUGUGAGCUGUUUAACUCUAUGUUCCUUGUACCGUUGCCU